AUGUUCCUGGCACUGAGCCAGUUGGUUCUCUCCCUCUACCAGUCUAUCGUGCUGUUAUACUUUGCAGAAGCAUUCUACUCGUCUCUCGACACGAAAGCCCGUGCGAAUAGAAUGGCCAGAUACGAGGCUUAUCUGCCCUGCGUCAUGUUCUUAGUUGCUGUUUUAGCCAGAGAUGUUCCCAGCACUCUUCUUUCUAGCUCUCUUGUUGCAAUAACAACUGUUAGGGCGUGGAAUCGUCAAGUUUCACUUCCAAUCGCACCAUCGAACAAAGAGCAGACACGCUAUUUGAUUGAAUCUCUAAUAAGAGCUGGUGUGUCUCUAAUUAUAUUUGUUGUGUCUCUGUGUGUUCUUAUGAACCGCCUACGGCUCUGGAUGUUGUCAUGCAUCCAACUAAAUUUCAAAUAA